UCUCCGCCUUCAGGGAUAAAAAGCGGCUGCGCGCCCCUCGCCGGUCUUCUCCCACGUCAACCGGAGCUGCUUGUUCCUUCCACCCAACCGGAGCUUCAUUGUCAAGAAUCAUGGCCGAGCUGAAGGAGCGCACCUUCAUUGCCAUCAAGCCCGAUGGUGUGCAGAGGGGCAUCAUUGGAGAGGUCAUCAAGAGGUUCGAGAUGAAAGGCUUCAAACUCGUGGGCAUGAAGAUGCUCCAUGCCUCUGAGAAACUCCUGAACGAGCACUACAUCGACCUCAAGGACAGGCCAUUCUUCCCUACCCUCAUCAAGUACAUGAGCUCUGGUCCAGUGGUUGCCAUGGUGUGGGAAGGCAAAGGUGUUGUGAAGACGGGUAGAGUGAUGCUGGGUGAGACAAACCCUGCUGAUUCAAAGCCCGGAACCAUCAGAGGAGACUUCUGCAUCGACGUCAGCAAGAACAUCAUCCAUGGCAGUGACUCAGUGGAGAGUGCCAACAAGGAGAUUUCCCUGUGGUUUACAGACGACGAGCUGGUCACCUACACCAGCUGUGCCUACGAAUGGCUCUACUGAGCAGUCUGUCCUGCAGCAGUCCUCACGCUGGUGACCCAGUGAAACUUUUGCCUCAGAUUUCCUGUUUUUGUCCAUCGAUAGCCUGAAGAGUAGAAGAACUGAUGUGAAGUUCUUCACAUCUUUCAGUCGUCACAUUCCCUCUUGACCUCUACCCAUCAUCAUACUGUUCUUGGACCUGGUUUUUGCUGAGGUCUUUGUCUAGUCUGAAUCCAUUCCUUUAGGAACAUUCCAUUCAUUCCUUGAUUGUACAGUUAAUGACUUGAAACUGUCUUUGACUGUCUGUUUUGUUAAAGGUGAUCUGCUUUCCAAUAAAAUUCACACAAUACCAA